UAGUGUUCAGAUCAAGUUCUCAUCUUUUUUUUUUUCCACCGAAAACCAGCUCGAGUUAACACAAUUAAGGAAAUCAGCUCACCUUACCGGCAGUUAAUACACAUCUUGGCCAAGCGGAACCUUUUGCUACGGCGUGGUUAAUUGUGGUUUGCUUUUGAUUUGUUUGAUAUGAUUAAGCACUACCUUCAUCACAGAAUGUUGUAUUCGGGAUGGAAUUUGCUGCUGAAAAGGAACAGUUCAAGUAAACCAGUGAUAGAUAUUCAAAAGACAAUGAAGAGUAUCUGUACAAUCAUGAUGUCUUCCAAACCAGUAGUGCUUGAUGCUGAACUUGACCAAAGUGGGAUCAGGGUUUCACAAGAGAUUGUUGAGGAUGUCCUCAAGAGAUUUGAGAAUGCUGGUAUGCUGGCAUAUGGGUUCUUCGUAUGGGCGGAGAAACAAAAAUAUUAUGUGCACAGUGUGAGGGCUUAUCACACCAUGAUUGAGUCUCUGGCCAAGAUAAGGCAGUACGAGAUCAUGUGGGACCUUGUGAAUGCCAUGAGGAAUAAGGGCAUCUUAAAUAUUGAGACAUUUUGUAUCAUUAUGAGGAAGUAUGCCAGGGCACAGAAGGUGGAAGAGGCAGUUUACACAUUCAAUGUUAUGGAGAAGCAUAAUGUUCCUCCAAAUCUUGCAGCAUUUAAUGGUUUGUUAAGUGCUUUGUGCAAAUCUAGGAAUGUUAGGAAGGCUCAAGAGAUCUUUGACAGCAUGAAGGACCGAUUUGUUCCGGAUUCAAAAACAUACAGCAUAUUGCUUGAAGGAUGGGGAAAGGCUCCAAAUUUGCCAAAGGCAAGGGAAAUUUUUAGGGAAAUGGUUGAAAUUGGUUGUGACCCUGAUAUUGUGACUUAUGGUAUUCUGGUUGACAUUCUUUGCAAAGCAGGGAGAGUUGAUGAAGCUCUUGAUGUUGUCAAGGAAAUGGUUUCUAGGGGUUGUAAGCAAACUUCUUUUAUUUAUAGUGUUUUGGUUCAUACUUAUGGGGUAGAAAACCGAAUUGACGAUGCCAUAGCUACAUUUCUAGAGAUGGAAAGGAAUGGUGUUAAGGCCGAUGUGGUUGUUUACAAUGCCUUGAUUGGUGCUUUCUGUAUUAUGAACAAGUUGAAAAAUGCAUAUAGAGUGUUGAAAGAAAUGAAUAGCAAGGAUGUGGCACCUAAUUCCAGGACCUACAAUAUCAUCCUUAAGAGCUUAAUAAGUCGUGGGGAGACUGAUGAGGCUUUUACAGUGUUCCGCAGGAUGAUCAAGGAGUGUGAGCCUGAUGCAGACACGUAUACAAUGAUGAUUAAAAUGUUCUGUGAGAGAAAUGACCUAGAUAUGGCUUUUAAACUUUGGAAGUUCAUGAGGGCGAAGCGAUUUAGCCCUAGCAUGCACACUUUUUAUGUUCUUAUUAAUGGCCUGUGCGAGAAGGGCAAUGUUACUAAGGCUUGUGUUUUGCUGGAAGAGAUGAUAGAAAAGGGAAUUCGGCCUUCUGGUGUGACAUUUGGGAGGUUAAGACAGUUGCUCAUAAAAGAGAAGAGAGAAGAUGUUCUGGAAUUCCUACAGGAGAAAAUGAAUCUUCUAAUUAAGGAGCCUUUAUGUGAUUGAGGAGCAUCCAUUCUGGCGAGAGAAAGGCUGUUGAAAUUUAAGUCAACAACUGGCAAUAGAAAUCAAAAAGCUGCACUAUGCUUAUCAGUUAGAGCCAAUAUCAGGCAUCAGCUAUUGCAGACUGGAAAGGAAGAAACAGGUUGAUGAGAGGGGGAAUUUGACCCUGGAGAACAUCAGGCAUUCUUUGAUUGAACAGGAGGACAGCAUAAUCCUUAGCCUUUUAGAGAGAUCCCAAUACUGCUAUAAUGCAGACACA